UCUCUCCGUGUCUCUCGAAAAUCGCUCUGACGUCGACGCCGCAAACCCUUCCAGAUUUAUCGCCCCCAUCGUUCCAGUUCGUUCGCCUUUUUCCCAACUCGCCGACGCCGAGACCGCAACAGCAAUUCCCAACCGUGCGAUCCUCAAGACCUCAACUGCAGUCGCAGCCGAUCCCAUCCGAGCUAGCUCUCCCGUUCCAGUCAAUGGCGGACCUCUUCUUCGGGGGAAGCCCCUUCCGGCGGCUCCUCUACGCCCGCCCCUUAGCCUCCGCCACGGCCGCCAUGGACUGGGUGGAGACCCCGACCUCCCACGUCCUCAGGAUCAACGUCCCGGGGCUGGGCAAAGACGACGUCAAGGUCCAGGUGGAGGACGGCAACGUGCUCAGCGUCAGGGGCGCGGCCAAGGAGAAGGGAAACGAGGGAAACGAGGAGGCGGCGGUGUGGCACGUGGCGGAGCGCGGGAAGCCGGAGUUCGCGCGGGAGGUGGCGCUGCCGGAGCACGUCAGGGUGGAGCAGAUCAGGGCCAGCGUCGACAACGGCGAGCUCACCGUCGUCGUGCCCAAGGAGCCCGCCCCGGCCCGGCCCCGGACCAGGCCCAUCGCGGUCUCCAGCAAGCUGUGAGGCCGCCAUGAACCGACCGGGUUCAGGAGUACUGUUACUGCGGUGUAUGCUUGUGUAUGCGAGCUGUGUGCGUUUCACUUGUGAAGUUGUGAUCUGAAUUAAAGUAAUCCGAUGAAUAUCGUGUGACGCGGAAGCGUGAUCGUGUAUGCUUGCUUAUGAUAAACUGAAACAUUUGGCUGGUAAUAAAGUUACGGAAAUGAUUAAAUUGA